AUGAGCUACUACGGCAACUACUGCCAAGGCCUGGGCUACAGCUGUGGAGACUUUGGUGGCCUGGGCUAUGGCUACAGCUGCAGAUGUGGUAGCUUCCGCAGGCUGGGCUAUGGCUGUGGUUAUGGAGGCUAUGGAUAUGGCUGCUACCAUCCAUAUUACUAUAGAAGAUACUGGUGUUCUGGCUUCUACUGA